CGCCCUCACCAAGGAGGUCAGCGAAUAACUAGCGACUGGUUGCUGGAUUUGGAUGACAGAGAAUGCUUAUGGACUUUUCGCUUCACCGCCUCUGAGAUUUUUCAUCUCUGUGAUGCUUUAACUAUUCCUAUGAUCAUAAAAACCAAAUCUGGAUACAAAUUUCCUCGUGUCGAAGCUCUGUGUCUUUUGUUAGCACGAAUGCGUGAUUCUGGAGAUGCAUACCGCAUGACAAUGCUUUACAACCGAUGUCAGUCAUCGAUAUCUGAAAUCUUCAAUGAACUUGUCAUAUAUGUUGACAGAACAUGGAGUCCUCUCCUGACCUUCAAUACUAAUGGAGUCCUUGCACCAGAAUGCCUUGCUGAAUAUGCUGAAGCUGUCCAUGAAUAUGGUGCACCUCUCACUGGCAUCUGGGGUUUUAUUGAUUGCACUAUCCGUCAUAUCUGCCGACCAUCUCACUUUCAACGAGCUGCAUACAAUGGUUACAAGAAGUAUCAUGCUCUCAAAUAUCAGGCCGUUCUCCUC